GACCUGGAGGGAGGGGCACUCAGCGGGCCCGCCGUGCCCCUGCAGAUGCUGGGGGUCAGGCCGCUGUCAGGAAGCAGCUCCUGUCUUCCCGCUGGGGUCACCCCACGCUGUAGUGCGUCUGCCUCCCGCGCGUGCGUGGAUGGCGCGGAGGAGCCAGAAGCCUCCUGAGGGUGCGCCUGGCCCCGGCCCUGCUGCUGUCCUGCUCUCCAUCAUCCGUCGUCAGUGCCUGGGACAGUGGCCGUGUUGCCAGAGGCAACAGUGAACCAGGGGGUUCGGUGGCCCGGGUGCUGAGACCUGGGAGGCAGGUGGGCUGUUGGGGGCGGGUGGCGUCUAGGCUGUGCUGUAGCAAGGGUCCUGGGGCUGUGGGCGAAGGAGGGGUAGAGACCGUCCACCCGAGCCCCACUCACCCCCAGGGUGAAGGCUUUGGUGCGGCUCCGUCUCUGGGGCCCGGGUCCCCCCCCUUCCCCCGUGCGUUUUCGGAUGUUUCUCUCUGCUCAGUUCACCUUGCCUGGCGUUUGGAACGUGGACCCUGGUUCCUAAGCCAGCUACAGAAUGUGCCAGCACGUCUAGAGCCCGGGCCCUCCCGCCCCCCACCCCAGCCACCGGGGCACACUGGUUUGUUUACUGUCCCACAACCUGUGAUGUCUGCACCGGCCUGCCCAAAGCCAUUGUUGCUGUGGGCUUCUCUGUUUCCAUGACGACCAUCAGGGGCUGGCUACUUCCCAAGGUCGCCAUGGCAACUAUCAGAGGGGAAUCAUGCUUGGGAUGCUUUGGCUGGCUUUUUCAUGAAUGAUUAGAAUGUGUGACACAAUGCAGACGCCAAACCCAGAAGGGCGGGCAGCGGCGGGGAGGGGGGGUGCUGGCGGGCGGCGGGGACGGCUCCCGCCAGACAGCCGGUGAGCUCGCGCAGUGGCGGCCCCUACCUCCCGGAUCCUGCGGGCCUCAGGUCAGGGCUGUGGGGCAGCCUAGGCGGGGGUGGUGAUGUCACAGCUGCAGUGCCCUUUGCGGAGAUCCAGUUUCCAAGCCCUUCUGUUCGGGUGACUGUGCCCAGGUUAUGACGACUAAUCCCAAACCAAACAAGGCAUUAAAGGCACCGGAGACUCACAGAGGGCUGCGCACGGGUGGGCCACAGCCUCGCAGGUUCUGGACGGCAGGUGGUAACCAGGUCAAGAAGGAGGCGGGCGAGAACGCCCCGGUGCUCAGCGAUGACGAGCUGGUGUCCAUGUCGGUGCGGGAGCUGAACCAGCACCUGCGGGGCCUCACCAAGGAGGAGGUGGCCCGCCUGAAGCAGCGCCGGCGCACGCUCAAGAACCGCGGCUACGCGGCCAGCUGCCGCAUCAAGCGCGUGACGCAGAAGGAGGAGCUGGAGCGGCAGCGGGUGGAGCUGCAGCAGGAGGUGGAGAAGCUGGCGCGGGAGAACAGCAGCAUGAGGCUGGAGCUCGACGCGCUGCGCUCCAAGUACGAGGCCCUGCAGACCUUCGCCCGCACCGUGGCCCGCGGGCCCGUCGCCCCCACCAAGGUGGCCACCACCAGCGUCAUCACCAUCGUCAAGUCCGCCGACGUCUCCUCCGCCUCCGUGCCCUUCUCGGCCGCCUCCUAGUGGCCCGCCGCCGGGGGGGGGGGGGGGCGGGCGGGCGGUGGGCGCCCCCCCGGGUGCCUGCCCCAGUCGAAGCGCGGACUCCCGGCGGGGACGAGGCCGAGGGUGCGGCCGCCGAUGGGGUCCGGCGAGCCCGCGGGCCGCACGCCUGCCCGCACGCACGCGCACGCACGCGCACGCACGCAGCCGGCCCGCCCCCGGGCCCCUCCGGCUCUCUCCAGAAGGUCUCCGGGGGCGCGUGUCUUGCGCCAGGGGGCGUCGGGGCGUAUGGAGGGAAGGUCCUCGGAAGGUCGCCGGCCCCGUGGCCCGGAUGGCAGGGGCUCUGUCUGCCCCCCCUCCCGAGAGUGGUCUGUCGUGGUCCCGGCUGGUGCGGGCACCCCCUCCCUGCCCUGACUGAGCUCUGGGUGCCUGGGGAGGAGCCGUUUGUCCCCGGUGACGAACGGCACCCUGACCCUGCUUCAGCCCCACCAGAGGCCCGCGCCCCGCGAGGCAGAGGGAGGGGGGGGGG